UGACGUUAUUACUCUGCGACCAGACGUUUAUGCGACGCAUACAGUUAUGGCGAGCGGUAAAAAGAGUGUUCCACUGUCCUCUUUGGCAGACUAUGGUGACGAUUCGGAGCCCGACUCUGACUCCGAAUCAGAAGAGACAGGGGGGCGUGCAGGAGGCUUGGUGUACGGCUAUGGAGAUGAUGACCUGAAUCGAACGGAGGACAUUGAUGACAAAGAGUCUCUCGAUGAAGACAGUAGAGAGAGUAACUCGGAAAUGGAAGAAUCUGACGAGGGGAGGGACCCAGAUGAUGUUGAGAUCCCAGAAGCAGAAAGAAAGGACCCCAAUGAGCUUGUUGCUCUAUUCUCAGAGAAGGUGAGGAACAUGUCACCUGACGAGAUCAGGAUCCCACCCGAGCCACCUGGUCGCUGCUCGAGCCAGCUACAGGAGAAGAUCCACAAGCUGUAUGAGAGGAAGCUCCAUGGAGAUUUUGACACAAACAGCCACAUCCAGAAAAAGAAAGAAUUUAGAAACCCAAGUAUUUAUGAGAAACUCAUUCAGUUCUGCAGUAUAGAUGAACUGGGAACCAACUACCCAAAAGACAUGUUUGAUCCUCAUGGCUGGUCAGAAGACUCCUACUAUGAAGCUCUUGCCAAAGCCCAGAAAGUGGAGAUGGACAAACUGGAGAAAGCCAAAAAGGAGCGGACCAAGAUUGAGUUUGUGACAGGCACUAAGAAGGGCACCAACCCCUCCAGUACAGCAGCUUCUACCACCAGCAGCACCACCACCACCGCCGCCACAGCAGACGCCCAGAAGAGGAAAAGCAAGUGGGACUCCGCGAUCCCUGUGACCUUGGCCCAGCCCACCCUAAUCACUACCACGGCGACCCUGCCAGCUGUCGUCUCCGUGACAACCACAGCUAGCGGCACCAAGACCACGGUCAUCUCUGCAGUGGGCACCAUCCUGAAGAAAGCAAAGCAGUGAACGCGAAGCACAGGCACAAACAUGUUUGUCCCCGACUGACAUGAAGUUGACACACCUGUGUUGAGCUGCACUCAUUGACAUAAAGAUGCAGAGAGAGGACAAAAGGACUGAUGGACCCUCGGUGUAUGCUUUCAGAACCAGCCUACAAGCACCCUCUGCUAGACAUGGACUAUUCUAAAGACUAAACUGCCUUCUAUCUCUGGGAUUGCAUCUGCACUUCUGCGUCAUAAAACCAAAUUACCUAAACUACUCGUAGGCCCUCCGUAAAUCUGAUGCAUGCAAAUCUCACUGAUGAAACUCGUUUGUCAUUCAUUUUUUAUGUGUUGGCAACAACGGAUGGUAUUAAUCAGUUCAAGACAAUAGUUGAAUAUGGAAGAGUCCCAAACUUUGGUAGAAAUGUUUGAAAGACUGUUUAUUUUUAUAUUCAUAGUUCUGGUGCAGUGUUUUUAUGCUUCCAGUAGCAGUUAUGUGUUGUAGCUCAACAUCUUCAUACAUUUCUCAGCCUUGUUUUUUUCUCCUGUGACAUUGUGAGGGACUCUGAGGUAAGAUUUUUUUUUACACUUGUACAUAUAUGUAUAUUGACGAUAAGGUAAAUAAAUGGAUCAGAUGUUGCCUUUUCA